CCGGGAGGCGAGGAGUCUAGGUCGGCGGCCACCGAGAGGCGCGGGCGGGGGGCGGGGGGGAGAAGGCGGGGCCAGGAGAAGCAGGUUCCAGCCUUGUCGUGAGCUGCCUCCUGGUGGCCCCAUGUGGCGGAGACUCAGAGCCCUGCGUGUGCUGGGGGCACUGCUGGCGGUGCUAUGGGCGCCAACGAGGCUGUGGGCGGUGAGCGAUUACCCAGACUGUAGCUGGACUGUUCUUCUGAACAAGUUCGAGAAGGUGGGCCUUAAAGUAAGUGACCGCUUCUCGGAACAACUGCCUCUGAACUCAGUGAGCAAAGUAUUCAGCCUGCUGGUGGGCGCACCCAUCGACCCGGAUGAGGUGUAUAUGGGCUUUCCUUACUACCUGAGGAUCUACUAUUACUGUGAUGGACGGGUUUCAAACUCUAUGAUCCGCAAGGGCCACCUGACCGGGCUGAAGCCUGUGGUGGUAGUGAAAUUCCAGUCUCCCGUCAACUUCUAUCUCUGGAAGACAGAGCAUGUGGAGAUUCAGAUGGAGGCAGCUCCCUUCCGCAUCACAGAGGCAUGCAUAGUGGAGCACGUGUGUGUCAUGAGCUGGUACACACCCAUGCCCAUCAAGAACGGCAGUGUGGUCAUGGACGUGGACAUCAGCAGCAACGGCCUGGGGCCCUUCAUCCCCAGCAAAAGGUUCCAAGUAAACAUCAAUGGCUUCCUGAAGAAGAAGGAAGAUGGAACACUAGGGUUCUCCAUAGGGGACGAGAUCUUCGAUCUGAAACCCCGGUACUUCCUGAAUUCGGCAUCCAGGCCACUGUGGUUCACUGUGGAACAUACACCUGUGCUGAUAUUGGGUGGCAUUCCAGAGGAGAAGGUCAUUCUUGUCAGUGACACCAACUUCAAAGACUACUCUCUUGUGGAGCUGAGCAUUGACAGCUGCUGGGUAGGCUCCUUCUACUGCCCCCAGUCCAACUUCACAGCCACCAUCUACGACACCAUCGCCUUGGAGAGCACUCUCUUCAUUCGGCAGAACCAGCUGGUCUACUAUUUCACAGGCAAUUACAGCACGCUCCUUGAGAAAAACCACAGCAGCGAAAGGUGGGUGAGGGUCCUGGCAGAUGAAUGCAUCAAGAAGCUGUGCCCGGAGUUCUUCCCCAGCAACGGCUCUGAGUACAUCAUGGCCAUCACCACCGGCAAGCAGGAAGGUUAUCUCUACCUAGGCACCAUCACAGAUGGCCGCGUGUCCUUCCAGAUGCUGCCCAAGCAGCGGCCGGUGUGCGUAGUGUUACAAGCUGCCAACUGCUCCAUAAUCUGGUCCUUGUACAUCUCGAGCGAUCGCAAGCUACUGAUGCUGGUGGAGGAACCACAGCCCACCAAGAAGAAGUUCAGCCUGGUCACCUAUGAACUGGACACCGAUGUCCUGUCCAUCUUCUACAUCAUCCCGGAAUUCAUCCCUGACGCUCGGGGCCUGCAGUUCCUGAUGUUCCUGGGGUCAGAGUCCUACACCACCACCCUGAUGGACCCCAAGGGCUUGUUCUACAACCCCUACAACCACCUGCUGUUCAUCUGGGGCAACUUCCUCCUGCAGAGCCACAGCAAUGAAAACUUCAUCUACCUAGCUGACUUCCCCAAGGAACUGACCAUCAAGUACCUGGUCAACUCAUAUCGAGGGGACAUAGCUGUUGUCACUGAGAAUGAGGAGAUCUGGUAUCUUGUGGAGGGCACCUACCGUCUGUAUAAGCUGUUCCCAUCAAGGGGCUGGGAUGUGCUCAUCAGCCUAAAUGCCAUGAAGAUGUCAUCCCUCUACACCCAGAACGAGACCAUGGUCACCCUCUUCUACGAGGACAACAGACUGUAUCAGCUGAUGUUCCUCAUGAACAAGCAACAGCAGAGCAAGCUGGUGAAGCGGGUGGUGCCCGUUGAGAAGCUGCUGAUGUACCAGCAGGUCAACAACCAGCGCACCCUGGUGCAGCAAGCACAGCUAGGGGCCCAGCCAACUCUGAGCUUCAAAAACCUCUGCCCGUUCUCGGUGAUGCGGAUCAGGGACCUGCCCAACCCACAGAUCUACACGCGCCAGGAGCGCUACCAGGCACUACCGCCCCGGGUACUAGAGCGCUCCGGCUUCCACAACAAGAACUCGCUGGCGGUCUACCAAGGCCUCGUCUAUUACCUGCUCUGGCUGCACUCCAGGUACCACAAGCCAUAUGCGGACCCCGUGCACGACUCCACCUGGCGCUGGUGGAAGAACAAGAAACAGGAUCAGCAUUACUACUUCUACCUGGCGAGCAACUGGCGGACUAAGGCUAACGCACACCUGGACAUGUCCAGCUACGAAAAGAUCUACAACCUGAAGCCCAAGUACGAGCUGCCCGAGCGCAUUUUCCUGGACAAGGGCACCAGCUACACCUUCUCACUCUUCCUGACCCAUGCGGGGGAAUUCAUCAAGUCGGAUCUCCAAUUCGGCUACUCCAGCAAGCUGCAGAGCGAGGUGGGCCUGGGUGUGGUGCUGGCCGACCCCAAGUGCAUCGACGUGACGGUGAAGGAGCAGGUCCUUAUUAAUCGCAACUCCGUGUUCUUCUGGAUUACACUCAGUGACAAAAGCGUCUGCUUCGACCAGGGCAUCAGUGGACACCACCUCCUGAAGACAUCCAUGGUGGUCAGGGUGGUGGAUUCGGCUGGCUACUGCUUCCAGGACACCAAACUGGGGCCCCGCAUGCAAGGCAACCUGAUGGUGCCAGUGUUCAUUGGCUGCCCCCCGGGCAAGCGCCUAGCCUUUGACAUCACCUACACUCUCGGGUACAACAGGCUGAUGAACAAGCACUACUACAACUGCGUAAAGGUCGACCCCGAGAUGCCCUGCUUCCUCUUCCGUGAUGUCUUCUACCCCUUCUUCUUGAUCCAAGACUUGGUGACGGGAGAUUCUGGCAGCUUCCAGGGCAGCUACGUGCUCAAGGUGGUGGGUGGCGGGCCUUCUAUGGAGGAGGUGCGGGACUACAGCGAGGAGGAGAUCUUCCGCUUCAACAGCCCACAGGACAAGACCAACAGCCUCAUCUGGACCACAAAGAACACGACCACCGAGGACAUGGCCUUCAACAUCAGAUCCCAUCAGAGCCCAGGCAUCUCGUGGCUGUGUCAGGAGAACUCCCCAUGCCACGACACCAUUCCCAACAGCAUCUUCUCCCCCGAAUUCUACUUCCGGCUGUUGGUGAGCAACAAAGGGGUGGACAAGAGCACAUACUGUGACUACCAGCUCACCUUCGUGCUGCAUGUUCACGGGCUUCCACUCAGUCCCAAGCGGGCCUUCUUCAUCCUCAUGGUGUCAGCCAGUGUGUUCAUCAGCCUGGUGGUCCUCUACAUUAUCGUCUUACUCCUGAUGCCCUUCAUGGUGAUGGGCUGCAGCAAAAUCCGCUGGAAGAUCAACAACCUCAUCGCCUCAGAAUCCUUCUACUCCUCCUAUAUCUCCUCAUCCGGAGAUUUCAUCAGGUCAAAGGCCAGGGGCAAUGUCAACACCAAAAUCAUGCCCAAGAUGUCAGUUCUGAUGAGGGUUUAACUGAAGGAGCCCAUGAAGCAGUAGUUGAAGCAGCCCUGAGUCUCUUUGCCAGUCUCCCUCCCCAACCCCCAGUUCCAGCCAGCCUCAUCUCACACUUAUUGAAGACAUCUUAGAAAUGGAACCAGUCACCUGCCCCCAUGCCUUCCUUUCAUUCUUUCUAUGUGGCUGGAGUUUUCAUUUCUUCAGACUCCUUGAUUCAAGACCAGCAGUGGCUCCUUACAAGGCUGCACAGCUAGUUGGUUGGCAUCACACGGAGUCUAUUCCAGUUUCUCUGUGUGCUUGCUACAGUCCAUCAGGCUCCCCAAGAACCUGGCCCCUGGCUGUGGCCUGCAAUCUGUUCUGAUCAUUCAGUGCCCAGGUUUAGUACCAGCAUGCAAUAUUUCAAAUGAUAUCAAUCUUGUAUCUGGCCUAAAGAGAGGACUUGGGAGAGGGUCAGAUUUUUUACAUCAGUCUCACACUUUAUCUCCUUAUGAGUCUGAAAUGUGUAGUAACCUACUGUUCAAAGUUUUAAAAAAAAUUUAA